UCAGCUGGCCUCCGUCUUCGGAGCCCCAGUCCAUCCAUCCCAACUCCCGCCGUCAGCCAGCGACUCGCACCCACCAAAGGCGCCGCGAUUGGGCGAAUAGCGAGCAAAUACGUCCGCGUUUCUCUACCCGCUCCCCCGCCGACCUCCCCUCCUCACUCCCCGGCGCUGACAGCGGACAAGGCCGAGGACGCAACAGAGCAGGCCCGGCCGCCGAGGCUCGACCUGUCCACCCCACCUCCGCAUCCCACCACACCUCACCAGCAGUCCAGAAACCGGUUCCCCGCCGAGCCGACCCUGGACAGGAUCGAGGGUAACAGAGAUAGCAGGGAGCACCGCAUCACAACCACAACAACAGCUGCCAACAUGAACCACCACCACCACACGCAGCAGCAGCAGCAACAGAAAGCCGGCGAGCAGCAGCUCAGUGAACCAGAGGACAUGGAGAUGGAAGCUGGGGACACAGAUGACCCUCCAAGAAUCCCAGCCAAUCCAGUGAUCAAUGGGAAUGUGGCCAUGGCAGAUGGACACAACAAUACAGAGGAGGACAUGGAGGAUGACACUAGUUGGCGGUCAGAAGCGACUUUCCGAUUUGUAGUGGAACGCUUCAGUCGUUUGAGUGAGUCGGUGCUCAGCCCGUCCUGCUUCGUCCGGAACCUUCCCUGGAAGAUAAUGGUGAUGCCACGCUUCUAUCCUGACCGGCCACACCAGAAGAGCGUGGGCUUCUUCCUGCAGUGUAACGCAGAAUCAGACUCCACGUCAUGGUCUUGCCAUGCACAGGCUAUGCUAAAGAUCAUCAACUACAAAGAUGAUGAGAAGUCAUUCAGCCGCAGGAUUAGUCACCUGUUCUUCCACAAAGAGAACGACUGGGGCUUCUCCAACUUCAUGUCCUGGAGUGACGUGACUGAUCCUGAGAGGGGCUUCAUAGAUGAUGACAAAGUCACAUUUGAAGUCUACGUCCAGGCAGACGCCCCACAUGGAGUGGCCUGGGACUCCAAGAAACACACAGGCUAUGUUGGACUAAAGAACCAGGGAGCAACCUGCUACAUGAAUAGCCUGCUACAGACACUCUUCUUCACUAACCAGCUACGGCGGGCGGUGUACAUGAUGCCCACAGAAGGAGAUGACUCGUCCAAGAGUGUUCCCCUGGCACUGCAGAGGGUUUUCUAUGAGCUGCAACAUAGCGACAAACCCGUUGGCACCAAGAAACUCACCAAGUCCUUUGGGUGGGAAACACUAGAUAGCUUCAUGCAACAUGAUGUGCAGGAGCUGUGCAGAGUGCUCCUGGACAAUGUGGAGAACAAAAUGAAAGGCACCUGUGUUGAGGGAACCAUCCCUAAGCUCUUUAGAGGAAAGAUGGUGUCAUAUAUCCAAUGUAAGCAUGUGGAUUACCGGUCCGAGCGGAUAGAGGACUACUAUGACAUCCAGCUUAGCAUAAAAGGAAAGAAGAACAUCUUUGAGUCAUUCAAAGAUUAUGUUGCAACUGAACAGUUAGAUGGAGACAACAAAUAUGACGCAGGAGAGCAUGGCCUGCAGGAAGCAGAAAAGGGAGUGAAGUUCCUUACCUUUCCUCCAAUCCUACAUCUGCAGCUGAUGAGGUUCAUGUAUGAUCCACAGACUGACCAAAAUAUCAAGAUUAACGACAGGUUCGAGUUUCCAGAUCAGUUACCUCUGGAUGAGUUCCUUCAGAAGCCAGACUCCAAGGACCCAGCCAACUACAUCCUUCACGCAGUGCUCGUGCACAGUGGGGACAACCAUGGCGGUCACUACGUCGUCUAUCUUAACCCCAAAGGAGACGGCAAAGUGAGUGUCAAGGAACCAAUAUGGUGUAAGUUCGAUGAUGAUGUAGUGUCACGGUGCACCAAGGAGGAGGCCAUAGAACACAACUAUGGUGGACACGAUGAUGACCUCUCAGUCCGUCACUGCACCAACGCGUACAUGUUGGUCUACAUUCGCGAGUCCAAGCUCAGUGAGGUGCUCCAGCCGAUGACUGAUGUGGACAUCCCCCAACAGCUGGUGGAGCGUCUACAGGAGGAGAAGAGGGUGGAGGCACAGAAGAGGAAGGAACGCCAAGAGGCUCACCUCUACAUGCAGGUUCAGAUGGUGACAGAGGACCAGUUCUGUGGUCAUCAGGGCAACGACAUGUAUGACGAAGAGAAGGUGAAAUACACAGUCUUCAAGGUCCUGAAGAGCUCCACGCUGCAGGAGUUUGUCCAGAAUCUCUCACAGACCAUGGGUUUCCCACAGGACCAGAUGAGGCUGUGGCCCAUGCAGGCCCGUAGCAAUGGAACUAAGCGACCCGCCAUGCUUGACUACGAGGCCGAUUGCAACAAGUCGAUGAUUGACUUGAGUGACAAUGAGAACCCCUGGACAAUAUUUCUAGAGACAGUGGAUCCAGAAAUGGCAGCCAGUGGGGCCACGUUACCCAAGUUUGACAAAGACCAUGAUGUCAUGUUGUUCUUGAAGAUGUAUGACCCCAAAACCAGAAGCUUAAAUUAUUGUGGACAUAUCUACACACCUAUAUCCUGCAAAAUAAGAGACCUGCUACCAGUCAUGUGUGAGAGAGCAGGUUUUCAGCAGGAAACUAGCCUUAUCCUCUAUGAGGAAGUAAAGCCCAAUCUAACAGAGCGGAUACAGGACUAUGAUGUCUCUCUGGACAAGGCCCUGGAUGAGCUCAUGGACGGGGACAUCAUUGUCUUCCAGAAGGACGACCCAGAGAAUGACAGCAGCGAGCUGCCUACAGCCAAGGACUAUUUUCGGGAUCUCUACCACCGGGUGGAUGUCAUUUUCUGUGACAAGACCAUCCACAAUGACCCCGGCUUCGUGGUCACGCUCUCUAACCGCAUGAACUAUUUUCAGGUGGCCAAGACAGUAGCGCAGAGGUUGAACACAGAUCCCAUGCUGCUGCAGUUCUUCAAGUCACAGGGGUACAGGGACGGUCCAGGGAAUCCUCUCAGACACAACUAUGAGGGAACGCUGCGGGACCUGCUGCAAUUCUUCAAGCCUCGGCAGCCCAAGAAACUCUACUACCAGCAGCUAAAGAUGAAGAUUACAGACUUUGAGAACAGGAGGAGUUUUAAAUCCAUAUGGCUCAACAGCCAGUUCAGAGAGGAGGAGAUCACCCUCUACCCUGACAAGCACGGCUGUGUGCGGGACCUUUUGGAAGAAUGUAAAAAAGCAGUGGAGCUGUCUGAAAAAGGCUCUGAGAAGCUCAGGCUGUUAGAGAUAGUAAGCUAUAAAAUCAUUGGGGUUCACCAGGAGGACGAGCUGCUAGAAUGUUUAUCUCCUGCUGCCAGCCGCACCUUCAGAAUAGAGGAGAUUCCUUUGGACCAGGUGGACUUGGACAAGGACAGUGAAAUGCUAAUUCCAGUCGCUCACUUCCACAAGGAAGUCUUUGGCACCUUUGGGAUUCCCUUCUUGCUCAAGAUCAGACAGGGUGAGUCAUUUCGGGAGGUGAUGAGAAGGAUCCAGACCAUGCUGGACAUCCAAGAGAAAGAAUUUGAGAAGUUCAAGUUUGCGAUUGUGAUGAUGGGCCGGCAUCAGUACAUCACUGAAGAUGAGUACGAGGUCAACCUGAAGGACUUUGAACCACAGCCAGGUAACAUGUCCCACCCGCGCCCCUGGCUAGGGUUGGAUCAUUUCAACAAAGCUCCAAAGAGAGGUCGCUACACCUACCUGGAGAAAGCAAUCAAGAUCCACAACUAAAGCAGCCUGCCCUUCCUCUUUGUCCUCCUCCUCCUCUCUUGCUCCGCCUUCCUCCCUACCUACUUUAACAAACCAUAACCACAGACUGUAACCAACCAUGUGUGUGUGUGUACGUGUGUAAGUGUGUUUAUGUGUGAGAGACUGAGUGUGUGCUUGUAUGUGCGAGUGUGUAUUCAUCACUUUUAACACCCCGCCUGGACACCUCUACAGCUCUACACCGGCACUAUGUCUUCAGUGAUACGGAUCUUGCUGCAGCUGACGGAUUAUUCUUCAACCACAAAAUAAACUGCACCAACCACCUCCUGACUGUUUAUUUUAGUGUAUUUUUUUUUUCUAAUGAUCUCCCUCUACGUUUGAGGUUGAUCGGUUGUUAUUUUUUCUUUUUUUUUUUUUCUGGCUUCUCUACCUGUUGACUGCCUGCUUUUUGUUGCCUGUCUGGAAAUGGGAGAAAUACAUUUGGAUUUUAACAUAAAAGCAGUGAAAGGAGGAGAGGAAUUGGGACGGAGAAUAAGUAUAAGUAUAUAUAUAUAUAGAUAUAUACACACAUACGUGUAUAUUUAUAUAUAUAUGUAUAAUAUAUACAUAAAGUUCUAGACAGAUUUUUUUCCUUUCCGACUUCACUCACCAUUUUUUUGUCGUUCAGAUUUUUGAAGGGGGGGUUAAAUAAAGCGUUGUUUGAAGAGGCAUCAUGCUGCUGUGUGCGGAGUUUGAUGGAAGGAUGUGGGCGAGGACUUAGCUGACAGAAAAAAGAGGGAGAGGGGCUGAUAGAUACCGCAAGCUGGCAUCCACCCUGAGGCUCACUAGUUGCCCCCGUUGAAGUUCUUUAUAUUUUCUGCUCCCAUCCUAUAGUGCAACAAAACCCAGUAUUUCCAAGUUUACACACAAUUCUUUCUCACUUAGUUUGGAGGAAAAAGUAAUGAAUUUUUUUUGUCUCUUUCUGCAGAUCUUGUAUAAUAAAAUAAAAAAAAUUCUGCAAAACAGCAUCUGUUUAAAAAUAAAUGGGGAAAAAUAAGGAGAUUUGUCUGUAUUUCAUCUUGAAAGCUGGCACUUAAUGGUUUCUCAGGACUGGCAAAUGUACAUGUUGGUUGCUUAUUGAUUUUUCAAGGAACACACAAAAACACACAUGCACGAACAUCAACCCCCUUGACUUUCUCUUCCUUUUUUUGUUUUUUUUUGGGGGGGGGUUGUUGUUGUGUUUCUCAGUCAUUCCUCCUCUAAACACAAACACACACACACACAGGCUUCAUCUUCUCCCUCCCAUCUCCUCUGUUGAUCGAAACUGUCGCCUCCAGGUGGUUUGGAGCAGUAAUUGCGCUGUGCUUGGUAGGGAGCUGCAGACCCUUAGAGCCCCGCCGGUUUGAGGAUUGUGUAGAGACAAAACCAGCAUUGUAAGAAACACUUUAAGCCCUCUGAAUUUAUUUUUCUUCUGUUCAUUUCUGUUAAAGCACAGAUGGAAUGCACCCCUAAUAGCGCAUAGCUGGCUCUGUAAAGACAACAUUUAAGAAUUGUAUAUUUAAAAUUAUGAACGUGUAAAAUUUAAGAGAAACACACGCCUUUGUUGUUGGGUACAGAAGGAGCCGGAUGUUCAUAUUUCUUGUGUGUAGGUUUCUUUUUUUUCCCCUUUUUUUGCGUUCCUGAUGUACCAUUGACAAUUUUUUUUUUCUGUUACAUUUGGAUUGUUGUUUCUUUUCAAACUAACUGCAUCGGUUUGUCUUGUUAAAAAGUGCAGUACAAAGAUGACCUGCAGAAUCACACCUUAAUUUGAUCUUUUCCAGUUUAAAAUCCUCAGUGUAGCAGCAGUGUACGACAACUAUUCCUGUAUAUUGCCUUUUUGCUGGAAAAUGUAUGUUGAAUAAAAUUUUCUAUAAAAACAAA